AAACAAUGUAAAGUGGAAAUAAGUGAUAAACAAAUUAGUUAUUAAGAUAUAUUAACAACUUAGCAAUUUUUAAAAAUUUGUUUUUAAAACAAGAAGAAAAUAUUUAAAAAUAUACAGAUUUUUCUCUAAAAAUAAGUUUGUAAAUAAUUAAAAAUAUUAUCCUAUGGCUGGAUGAUGGAUAUAAAACUUCAACAACUCUACACAGUAUUAAAGAUUUAGAUGAACUAAUGAUUAACUUAAAUUAAACCAAAUUCAAGCAUUACUGUUACCACAUCACUGCAUGAACUGUCCUUCCAAAAUCCAAAUUUUGUAUAAAUGGGCAAGUUGACAGAGUUUGCAAUCCUCUUUGAUCACAAUCGUGAAGUAUUUUAUCCUGGCCAAAAUGUGUCUGGUUGUGUUGUCAUGACGUUAAGUAGCCCAAUGGAAAUGAGAGGAAUCAAGUUAUUGGCUCAAGGAAAAGGAGAAUGUCAUUGGAGUGAAACAACAGGAACAGGGGAUAAUCGUCAUACCCAUCAUUAUCAUGGGUCUGAAAAGUUAUUUGAAUUUCAAGUAUGGAUUCAUGGAAACUCUAUAAAGUUUACAAAUGAAGCUGGAAGAUUUUUUUUUCCUUUCAAUUUUAUUCUUUCUCCAGUUUUACCAAGCUCAUUUGAGGGGCUUCAUGGACACAUUCGAUAUCAAAUCUUUGCUGAAAUUGAUAAACCAUGGAAGUUUAACCAUAAAACAACAAGAGCAUUUACUAUAAAUGAAGUAAUAGAUACAAAUUUGCCAAAUUACAACACAGUACUCAGUGGUUCAACACACAAAGAAGUUGGAUGCUGUUGCUGUGCUGCUGGCCCUUUAGAUCUUACAGCAAGCAUUGAUCGAAGCGCUUAUUGUCCAGGUGAAAUUAUAUUAAUAACUGCUGAGGCUGGAAACAGUACUACUCGUGACAUGACUGGAAUGAAAGCUCAGCUCUACAAACAUAUUGAAUACAUUGCUAAUCAUGGAAGAAAACGCUGUUCUGAAAAAGUUGCUGCAAUUCAAGGUCCACCAAUACCAAAAGGAGAGUCUGCUUCCUGGCAAAAUCAGCCUUUUUUAAUUCCUGCAGCAUGCCCGACUAUUUUAACAUCUAGUGUUAUCAAAGUCUGGUACGAAUUAUGUGUUGAAAUUGAUGUUUCUUGGGGUUUUGACCCAACUAUACGAAUGCAGAUUAUUAUGGGUACUGUGCCACAUUUCUCAACGUACUAUCAACCUGGUCCUAAUUUUCAACCUACUCAAUUUCAACCAAAUCCUGAACUUCAAAGUCAAACACCAGGUGGUUUUAUGGGUUACCCACAAAUGAGUCAACCCUUAUAUGUUCCUAUGGUCGGAGCUACUGCAACAAAUAUAAUUGAUGGAAAUGAUACCCACUCUUUUGGUAACUUGAAUUACAUACCAGUUUAUGCGUUUAAUAAUAUGCAGCAGCCACAAAUAAAUGGUUUACCAGUUUCUAAUCAGAUUUCUUCAGUUGUUGAUCAACAACCAGUAAACCCAAUGUUAUUAUCUCAACCCCCUCCUACGAGAUAUGGUUCAACAAAUUAACUACAAAAAAAUUUAUUGCCUCAGUAACCGUUUAAAGUAUCAUUUUUUCACAAAUCUUUGCGAGAUGUAUCCACGAUUUAGCGCAAAUAAGUAUAUUUUGAUUUCUUGAGCGAAUACACAAAACGAAAAUAUUUUUCAAAAUUAAAUCUAUAUAUGCAAAAAAAGCUCAAAAUGCAACAAAACAACAUAAAGGUUCUGAGCAGCAAAAGAAAUGCUUAUCGCAAAAUUGGCUUUUUCAAAUAAUUGAAAAUAGAAUUUAAUAAUAAGACUUUGUUCUUUUAACAAUAAAAUCCGGUUUCUGCUGCCAACUCAAAAUGUAAAAACUAUUUUAGAUGCAUUUGAUUGUUGUUUUUUUUUUAAUUGUCUUUAUAUUAAAAAAAAACUAGAUUAAAACAAAAUAUUUCAAAUUUCAAAAUAAAUUUAGUAAAAUGCAGAGAGCAGCCGUGGCGCAGUAGUUAGAGUUCUGGCUCAGAACCCAGAGGUCCUAGGAUCGACGCUAGGUCCAGCCCAACAUACGACAUUGGUACCGAAGGAAGCGUGAACUUCCUGUUAAAUGCUCUCCCGCGGUGCUCUGCGAUAAGACCUUAUAGACUUCUGGAAACACCUAAAAUAACCACACA